CUGUGAUACCAUGACGAUGAAGUUGGUUUGCGGUUGUCUUUUGGCAGUUGCCCUGCUCGGCUGUCUGGCUGAUGCUCAAUUUUUCUCAAAGACUCAGCAAAACCAGCAGCUGCCUGAGGUUCCAAGAUACACCCAACCUGCACCACCUCAGAAGACUCAGAAGCCACAGCCAUCCCCCAACAGGUACACCCCUCCGCAGCCUCAACGUACUCAGCAGCCUCAACAGCACAGCAAGCAGACCCAUCAGAAUACCGAAACAUUUCACACUUGUGAAGUGGCUGAGCAGUACAAGAUACAGUGUGGUGCUCCUAGCAUCUCUGCUCAAGAUUGCGAGGCUAUAAACUGCUGCUUUGAUGGACGCAUGUGCUUUUAUGGCAAAUCCGUGACUCUUCAGUGCACCAAGGAUGCCCAAAUGAUUGUGGUGGUGGCAAGAGACGCCACCUUACCCAACAUCGACUUGGAGUCAAUUACUUUCCUUGGAAAUGAUCAGAACUGCAGUCCCGUUGGCACCACUUCUGCUUUUGCCAUCUACCAGUUCCCCGUCACUGCCUGUGGCACUGUCAUGAUGGAGGAGCCUGGGGUUGUAAUCUAUGAGAACAGGAUGUCCUCCUUAUAUGAAGUCAUUAUCGGACCCUACGGCGCCAUUACCAGAGACAGCCACUAUGAGCUGCUUGUCCAGUGUAGGUACAUUGGUACCUCAGUUGAGGCUCUGGUCAUUGAGGUUGGCCUGGUUCCUCCACCACCCCCAGUUGCAGCUCCUGGACCUCUGCGCGUGGAGCUAAGGCUGGGCAACGGAGAGUGCAAUGUCAAGGGUUGUGUGGAAGAGGACGUGGCCUACAGCUCCUUUUACGUGGAUUCUGACUAUCCCGUCACCAAGGUGCUUCGGGAUCCUGUGUACGUUGAAAUCAGAAUGCUGGAGAGGACAGAUCCCAACCUUGUCUUGACUCUUGGAAGAUGCUGGACAACUUCUGACCCCUACCCUCAUAGUCUCCCUCAGUGGGACUUGCUGAUUGAUGGCUGCCCAUACCGUGAUGAUCGUUACCUGACCUCCUUGGUCCCUGUGGGUGCCCAAUCAGGACUGGAGUACCCAACCCACCACAGGCGUUUUAUUUUCAAGAUGUUCACGUUUGUAUCUACUGGAGGUGGCAAUGACGCCAAGGGAGGUGCCAAGGGAGGCAUGGCAGAUCCAGAGGUUAUGACUCCUCUCAAGGAAAAGGUGUAUAUCCACUGCAACGUGGCUGUGUGCCAACCCUCUCUUGGAAAUAAUUGUGAACCGAGGUGCUUCAGAAAGAGGAGAGACAUUGCCGGCUCUUUCCAGAGAAGCUACAGAGAGGAGACCACUGUGGUUAGCAGUAAGGAACUUAACUUCAUGGACAACGGCCAGAGUGCUCAGUAA